AAGUUCAAAAACGAAUCUUAAAAUAGAUUUUUAAGAGGGGAAACAGUGUCCAGGAUAAAAUUUAAAUGCAAAGAAGUGGAGAGAAUAUAAAAUGCACAGAAGUGGAGAGAACGUAAAAUGCACAGAAGUGGAGAGAUCAUAAAAUGCAAAGAAUUUAAAUCCACAGAAGUGCAGAGAACAUAAAAUUGAGUGAGAACAUAAAUUUUAGAGAGAGAAAAAUUUCAGCUAUGUUUUUUUGAGAGUUGAGACAGAGAACAUGAGGAAUAGAAUUUUAGCAAUUACUCUGAAGUUCCAAAUUCCAAUACCCGUUCUCUACCCGUACGGUUCCUAUAAGUAGUAAUUAAUUGAUUAAUCCCUUGCAUAAAUGUCGACCCGUAUCGAAAUUUAAAACAAAACCAGUCAUGGCGGGCUCAGCACCAAACCUGCAAAUUCACAGGUUUCCCCAGCCCAAAUACAUCGAUGCCCUAAAAUGGCUCCCCCCCAUUGCAGCUUUCGACCGCUUCAUCGUUUUAUCUCUUUUUGACCCUAGCUCUGAUUCAUCCUCCAUUGAAAUCCAAUCACUUUCUCUCUCUACCCACUCACCCGAACUCCACCUUCUCUCUACAUGGCCUUCUCACUCUAGAAUCUCGUGUCUAUCUGUUUGCCCCUUCUUCCAAAAACCCAUUAUCGCUGCUGCUUCUCUCUCUGGUUCUCUGCAUUUUGUAGUUGCAGACGCCAUUGAAGCUUCAAUAGAUGAUGGUUUCUCUGUGGAAGAUAAGGGUUUUCAUAGAGCUGGGGUUUUUUCCAUUGAUCUGCAAUCAAGCACUUGUGAAUGUGUGUCUGCUGGUGAAGAUGGGAGGAUCAAUUUGUCAAAAAUUGAGGGAUCGAGGGUUGUGUACGGUACGGUUUUUGAUGGAAAGGGUUUGGUUUCAUACACUUCAGCUCGAUGGGCUUCGCCAUGGGAGUUCGCCACUGGUGGGUUAGGAUUUGGAGUUCAAUUUUGGGAUCAGAGGAAGCCAGGCGGCCCUGUUUCUCAAUCACCUGCUAAAUGGAUUGAAGGGAGUUCCUCUGGAAUUGUUCAUUCCCUUGAUAUUCACCCAUCAAGGAAGCACAUAUGUGUGGUUGGUGGCUCUGGUGGUACUGUUUUCGCUUGGGAUCUACGGUGGCAGAAGCAACCAGUUAUGCUAUGUGGGGGUGGUACAGCUGAUCCAAUGGCUGAGGGUGAGGUUUGGAAAGUCCAGUAUGAUCAUUAUUCACAAUCGGCUAAUCCCUCCACUCAAAUCCCACCUGUUAUGAUGUGCUCAGACGAUGGGAUACUAGCAAUCGUUGAACCAGGAGAAGAGGAGCCCAUUGAACUGCUUGCAGAACCCUGUGCCAUUAAUGGCUUUGAUAUAGAUCCUCAAAACCCAUCUGAUCUUAUAUGCCAUCUGGAAUGGGAAGAAAUAGCCAUUUUGAUGAGGCCUUGAACUCCUUCAAUGGUUUAUAUACUAAAAAAUGUACAAUGUAUUGAUAUUGGAAGUAACACUCAAAAAUAAAAUGUAUUGGUAUUGGAAGAAUAUUUUGAUUUUA